AUGGAGAAUUACUCUUCACAAUCGGAAUCUAUUAACGAUGACUUUAAUGCGUUAUAAGUGACAGGAGACUAUAGCACACCAACACCUUAAGAUUAAGAAAACGAUGAAAUCAUGCAGUUUUUGGAAUUAGUAAAUGAAAAGCUAUCUCGCUUGUCCAUUCAGCCAUCAGUAAACCCGAAGUUAUUGAAUGAAGAUGAAAUAUUCAGCUUUCUGAUAGAAACAUCAACUGCAUAUUAAGAAAUACUAGAGCAACUAAGAGAGAAUAUCAAGUUAGAUCUGUUCUUUAACAAUGAUAAAGUUUUUGUUGAAGAAAAUCCUAUUUAAAAUCAAGGCUCCGUGCAAACUACAUCCCAAGACACAUCUAAUGCACAAUAAACAGCAAACACAGGAACUCCUGAAAGUUUUGAAUUUUAUAAAUCAUCAGAUAUUAUUGAGGAAUUUAUCAGAGAAAUAGUUGAUCAAAACAUGCUUCUAAAGAUACAAGAAAAGUAUCAUGCUUACCUAGUUUACUUAUCAUGUUUAGUUGAAGUUGAUAUGUGUAUUAUUAGAGCGGAAAUAGAUUAAGUCUUAGAGAUCCUUGAAGAGGAUUACUUAGGAGGAAGUAGCUAUAGAUUAGAUAUAGAGAAGAUAGGUUAGCAACUUAAAUCCUUUAAAGAUGUAAAAAUAACCACAUUAUAGAACAAAUUUAUCCAGAUUGUAGAUAAUAGGUUUGAAGAAAAAUUAGUGCCUCUUACGGAAUAAUACUAUAGAUUUCUCUAUUAAAAUUAGUUGAAACAUAUUCAGUCCAUAGUGCUAGAGAAGUGUGAUGCACUUAUGACCAAAAUUCUUAACCAGUUAACUCCUAACUUUGACAACUCAAAAUAGGCGCAAGUAUAAUAUAACUGGGAUAAAUAGUUUCAUGAGUUCCUGUAGAAGUUCUAAAUUGAUAUCUAGUUUAGUAAAAUCUAAAUGGAUUAGUUACUUUACUGUGUGGCUGGAUUUAUAUCAGCAAACUUGCCAUGCUCAUAGAAGAGAUUUAUGGAGAUCCAAAUUUUUCUCUAAAAUUUGGCAGGCUUAAAAAGUGAAAAUGAAUAAUAAAAAUUAAAUUAAGAAAUCAAGGAGUAGAUGGACAAUUAUAGAGACAAAUAAAGCUCUUUUGCAAAAGAUAUGAGAAUAAUAAGUGGUUAAUAGAUUUAAAUGCUUGAAAAAACUUAACUAAUGGAGUUAGUAAUAUUUCUAUAUUUAGGGGGUACAGGUUCUAUUAAUCAAGAAUGUGAGGCUUAGAUAACUAAAGUUGACUCUUCAUAACGUUAGAUGAUGCUUAAUUUCUUAAAACUCUUGUAUAAAAAUUAGAAUUAAGAGUAUACUAUGAUCAUGGGUAGUCUAGAAAAUUGUCUUGAUUCAUUACAAUAAGAGGAGGUAGUGACUAAUGAAGACUUUGAAAUCGUCUAGAAUUUUGUAAUUAGAGAACACACUAGCUUUAAUAUAGGCACUUAUUUGAUUAAAAAGCCAUCUGAAAAGUAAGCCCUUAGUGAAAAAUGCAAUAAUUACAUUUAUCAGGGAAAUAACUUAAAGAUUUAGCAGAGAACUUUAGUUAUAAACAAAACUUUAUAGAAAUUCUUUUAGAUUUGCAAAAAAAUCGACUUAUAUAUUCCAAAAGUUAGUCUGAAAAAGAUUUCUAGUUCUGAGAAAAAUAGUAAGCAUGUUUAAAUAAUUUGCUCAAGUAUGGAUGGUUCUGAUAAAUAGCAAUCAAAUUUGCGAUGGGCUGGUCUUUUGAAAUGCUAAGAAAAUCAAAAUAUUGAUACUUACAUUUUGAAUUGGAAUUAGACUAGUCUGAGUUAGAUUUUUCGGUAGAUUAUUGAGUUCACUGUAAGCACCUAGAUAUUCAAUGUAUAGGAAUUGGAAUUUUCUAAGAAAUCAAAUUACUUAAUGAAGAUCAUAGCUAACCUUGUCAAAAUUACAAGAAUAUUUAAUCCUUUAAACAACAUAAACAUGAUAUUUAAGGAUGCGAAGAAAAAGGCUAAGCAGGUAGGCAAAAUGCUUGCAUGUUCUUUAGCACUGGGUUAUCCGUUUCUUGGAAAGUCAAUAUCUCUGAUUGGGUUUUCAUUUGGAUGCUAAGUCAUUUAAAGUUGUCUUAAGACAUUGUAUGAUGUUGGAGCUGAUGAUAUAAUAUAAAAUGUAACAUUUAUAUGUGGUACUAAUUAGUUUAACCCUGCUAAGUCAGAAAAAUGGGAAAUGAUAUUUUCAUAGGUUGUAAACGGUAAAAUAAAGAACCUCUUUUCUGACAAGGACGUACUGCUCUUGUUUUUCAAGAUGACGGAGAAAGUAAAUUGUGUUGGAAAUUGGCGAAUAUUUGAAAAGUCAUAAAGAAAUUUGAAAUCAAUAGAUAAUAAGAAAAAUUAAAACAAUGAAGCCUUGUGUAUGAAUGCUUUCAAAUUAAGAAACUAUAAUAUUAGUUCGAUGAUUAAGUUUGGAAACACAAUCAAAUAAAUAAGCAAUUAAUUCUACUAUCAAAUUCUUCUCACAGAGCUUGUAACCUAUACUAAGAUAGAAAAGUGA